AUGAAGGUGAGCAUCACUACUUCUGAGAAAACACAGGUUGGCAAGGGAAUGCACAGUUACAGAGUAGAGGCUGUAGGCGCCAUCAAGAAAAGGUCGUCUCCUAAGGAUGCACAGGCUCGCUCGCUCACGGCCGUUCCUCCUUGGUCCUGGCAGGCCCCUCUUAGCCCCUCGAGUCUAGAUUCUCCACCAUGGCCCCCGUGCCAGGUCCCCUCCUCGCCCUCUCCAGCCUCUCCAGUGACAGUGGCGGCAGCCGCACCCGAGGAGAAGAAAGGAAAGGAGCCGGAGCGUGAGAAGCUGCCGCCCAUCGUGUCAGCAGGCGCCAGCGCGACUGCGGGUUUGGACAGAGGAGCAAAAGGCCAAAUUUCCACUUUCAGCAAUUUUAUUUCAACUGUUAGCCAGAAGAAAGAAGCUGCAGAAAGCAGAGGUUCACCUACACAUCUUGUUUUCCCUAACAUCAAGAACGUGAGAGACCUACCACCUAUUUGUCUUGAUGUUAGACAAAAACAGCGCAUCUCAAUAGAUGGAUUACCAUCAGAAAUGAAGGCUUCAGUCCUUCCAGAACCUAUGCUUCCUGUCCAGCCCAAGACCAUGAAAGAUUUUCUGGAAGACAUAGAAAAAGUUAAGUCAUCUGGAGAUUGGAAAGCAGUACAUGAUUUUUAUCUAGCAACAUUUGAUUCUUUCCCAGAACUAAAUGCUGCAUUUAAGAAAGAUGCCACUGCCUCAUUUAAUACCAUUGAAGACUCUGGGAUUAAUGCUAAAUUUGUGAAUGCUGUAUAUGAUGCCUUACUUAAUACUCCUCAAGACAUUCAGAAGACAGUAUUAAAGGGAAUCAUUAACAGCUUGUUAAGAGAAUGGAAAGGUCCACGAACAAAAGAUGAUCUUAGAGCAUAUUUUAUACUUUUACAGAAUCCUCAAUUUAAUAACACAUCUACAUAUGUCAUCUACGCUCACUUGCUACGACAGAUAGCUACGUUAGUGGAAGCUGACCAUCACUUCCUAGUUCACUGGUUUAAAAAAUUAUCCCAGAAGAGAUUCAAGCAAUUGGUAGAAAGACUGCUGCAGUUUAUUUCUUUACGCUUGUUUCCUGCAAAGCCUGAAGAAUUCCCACCUAUCACAAAGUGUUCCUGGUGGAUUCCUUCAGCAUCGAAAGUGUUGGCUUUACUUAAUACAGCAAACAGUUUGGUUCAUCCUUCCCUUAUUUCUUAUACUGAUUUCUAUAAUUCUACAUUGGAUCACAUUGAUCUUAUGGAAGAAUAUCAUACCUGGCAGAGCUUUGGAAACUCUCACCGGUUUUCCUUCUGUCAGUACCCAUUUGUUAUUUCUAUAGCUGCAAAAAAAAUGAUUAUUCAAAGAGACUCAGAACAGCAGAUGAUAAGCAUCGCAAGGCAAAGUCUGGUGGAUAAAGUAUCUCGAAGACAAAGACCUGAUAUGAAUAUGUUAUUUCUAAAUAUGAAAGUAAGACGGACACAUCUGGUUAGCGAUUCACUUGAUGAGUUAACCCGGAAAAGAGCAGACUUGAAAAAGAAGUUGAAAGUGACAUUUGUAGGCGAAGCAGGUUUAGAUAUGGGUGGACUUACUAAAGAAUGGUUCCUACUUCUGAUUCGUCAAAUUUUCCAUCCAGAUUAUGGCAUGUUUACAUAUCACAAGGAUUCACACUGCCAUUGGUUUAGCAGCUUUAAAUGUGAUAACUAUUCUGAAUUCCGAUUGGUUGGAAUUCUUAUGGGACUAGCUGUUUAUAACAGCAUCACCUUGGAUAUCCGUUUCCCUCCCUGCUGCUACAAGAAAUUACUGAGCCCUCCUGUCGUUCCUAGUGAUCAAAAUACACCAGUCGGAGUCUGCAGUGUUACCAUUGACGACUUAUGUCAAAUUAUGCCUGAAUUAGCCCAUGGAUUAAGUGAACUCUUAUCAUAUGAAGGCAAUGUUGAAGAAGAUUUCUAUUCAACUUUCCAGGUUUUUCAAGAAGAAUUUGGAAUCAUUAAAUCCUAUAAUUUAAAGCCAGGAGGUGAUAAAAUUCCAGUUACCAAUCAAAAUAGGAAAGAAUAUGUACAAUUUUACAUUGACUUCCUUCUCAACAAAUCCAUCUAUAAGCAGUUUGCGGCAUUUUAUUAUGGAUUCCAUAGUGUAUGCGCUUCAAAUGCCCUAAUGCUGCUUCGUCCAGAAGAAGUUGAAAUUCUGGUGUGUGGAAGUCCUGAACUGGAUAUGCAUGCGCUGCAGAGAAGUACUCAGUAUGAUGGCUACGCAAAAACGGAUGUGACUAUAAGAUACUUUUGGGAGGUUGUGCUUGGAUUUCCUCUUGAUCUUCAAAAGAAGUUGCUACAUUUUACUACAGGAAGUGACAGAGUACCUGUAGGAGGGAUGGCAGAUUUGAACUUCAAAAUCUCAAAGAAUGAAACUUCUACUAACUGGUUACCUGUGGCUCACACCUGCUUCAAUCAACUUUGCCUUCCCCCCUACAAGAGCAAAAAAGACCUGAAACAGAAAUUGAUCAUUGGAAUUUCAAACUCAGAAGGUUUCGGACUUGAGUAA